CUUCCGGUUUGCCAUUAGUCGUUGGUGACUGUACUGCAGUAUUUGUGUUGUUACCAAGCGGGAAGCAAACCAGGGAAGGGGUGGAUAGUUGCGUCUUUCUAUUUCGAGGACGAUCAGUGUAAAGGGCAACAUGCCACGAGAAAUUAUAACACUUCAACUUGGACAAUGUGGAAACCAAAUUGGUUUUGAGUUUUGGAAGCAACUAUGUGCAGAACAUGGUAUCAGUCCAGAGGGCAUUGUGGAAGAAUUUGCAACUGAAGGCACUGACAGAAAAGACGUCUUCUUCUAUCAGGCUGAUGAUGAACACUAUAUCCCACGUGCUGUGCUAUUGGAUCUGGAGCCCAGAGUGAUCCACUCCAUCCUCAACUCCCCAUAUGCUAACCUGUACAACCCGGAGAAUAUAUACCUGUCUGAGCAUGGAGGAGGAGCCGGGAACAACUGGGCCAGCGGCUUCUCACAGGGUGAGAAAAUCCAUGAAGAAAUAUUUGACAUCAUCGACCGAGAGGCUGACGGCAGUGACAGUUUGGAGGGGUUUGUCCUGUGUCAUUCCAUUGCUGGGGGAACUGGCUCCGGGCUUGGAAGUUACCUUUUGGAGAGGCUAAAUGACAGGUAUCCUAAGAAGCUGGUGCAGACCUACUCUGUGUUCCCCAACCAGGAUGAGAUGAGCGACGUGGUUGUGCAGCCCUACAACUCCCUUCUGACACUGAAGAGGCUCACCCAGAAUGCCGACUGUGUGGUGGUGCUGGAUAACACAGCUCUGAAUCGCAUCGCCACCGACAGACUGCACAUUCAGAACCCCUCGUUCUCCCAGAUCAACCAGCUGGUAUCCACCAUCAUGUCUGCCAGCACAACCACGCUGCGCUACCCAGGGUACAUGAACAACGACCUGAUUGGCCUGAUCGCCUCCCUCAUCCCCACGCCCCGCCUCCACUUCCUCAUGACCGGCUACACCCCGCUCACCACGGACCAAUCGGUGGCCAGCGUGAGGAAGACCACCGUGCUGGAUGUGAUGAGGAGGCUCCUGCAGCCCAAGAACGUCAUGGUGUCCACGGGCAGAGACCGGCAGACCAACCACUGCUACAUCGCCAUCCUCAACAUCAUCCAGGGAGAGGUGGACCCCACGCAGGUCCACAAGAGUCUCCAGAGGAUCCGGGAGCGCAAGCUAGCCAGUUUCAUCCCCUGGGGUCCGGCCAGCAUCCAGGUAGCUCUGUCCAGGAAGUCCCCUUACCUCCCCUCAGCCCACCGCGUCAGUGGCCUGAUGAUGGCCAACCACACCAGCAUCUCCUGCCUGUUUGAGCGGACGUGCAAGCAGUACGACAAGCUGCGCAAGCGCGAGGCCUUCCUGGAGCAGUUCCGCAAGGAGGACAUCUUCAAGGAGAACUUUGACGAGCUGGACAACUCGCGCGAGGUGGUGCAGCAGCUGAUUGACGAGUACAGCGCCGCCACGCGGCCAGACUACAUCUCCUGGGGCACCCAGGAGCCCGCGGGACCCUAGUCCCCACCCUGCCACCGCAGCAGGGACCGGGGCUGAGGUGGGGUGCUCCUCCCCUGUGCCAGCCACACCAUCCCCCCCUCCUUUAGUGUUUCUGUGGACUCCUCCACGUGUCCCCGUCGCACAGCUUUCCCUCAGUGGUGUACUGCUGCUGCGAGGGGACUCCCAGUAACCUCCAUCUGUGCCUGUACCCCGACCCCCACCGAUGGUUGUGGAAUAGUAGUGAAUAGUCUGCUUCUCUCUCUCUCUGUCUCUCUCUCACUCUGGCUUUUCUCGUUCUCGUCAUAUCACUGUGUGUUGACGUGAUGGAAGAGAACUCGGUCACUUUGUUUUGGUCUAUUCUGACACUGUAAACAGUGCACUGCGUUUUACGUUGUGCUUUCACACAGCAGCCUGGAGACGGCAUAAACUGGCUGUCCUGACUAGACUCUAGUAUCUGUAUCGCAACAAACAAGUGGUAUACAGUGGUGCAGUCACACAGUCCUCGGAUCAUCUGCCUUUCAGAUUAGGCUCACAAGUCUGAUAAAUCUGGCUUCCGUUGUUGCUGUACAUACUGCGCUGGACCAUCACUGAUUUUAUAUGGCACCAAACGCCUCUUAUCAGUAUUUA